AUGGUUAAUGAACAAUUAGUGACAAAUAUACCUUUACCAAAUGCAGACGAUCCAGAUUUGUUAGAUCCGAAUAGUGAUCCAGAGCAUCCUAAAGUGAUUGUAUUUGAAGAAGUAAAGGCUGCCAGUGAACUUAUAAAAGAUGGAAUAAUUUAUACACCGUGUAAAAAGUCUCAGCUGUCAUUGGAAUACAAUAUGGAUAUUUACUUUAAAAAGGAAUUUCUUCAAGUAACUGGGAGCUUUAAAGAAAGAGGAGCUCGCAAUGCACUACUUCAGUUGACGUCAGAAGAAGCUAAACGUGGUGUAAUUGCAUGUAGUGCUGGUAACCAUGCACUUGGUUUGGCAUAUCAUGGAAGUUUGUUGAAAAUACCAAUUACUAUUAUUAUGCCUGUAAACUCAAGUUUGAUGAAACAAGAACGUUGUAAGAAGUAUGGUGGACUCGUUUUACUGAAAGGUAAUAGUGUUUUUGAAAGUAAACUGUAUGCUUCAAAAAUAGCAAAGUUAAACAACUUAUUUUUAAUCAAUGGUUAUGAUCAUCCACAUAUUUUAUCUGGACAAGGUACCAUUGGUGUAGAAAUCUUAGAACAAGUUCCUGAUGUGGAUGCUAUUAUUGUACCAGUUGGUGGAGGUGGUUUAUUAGCUGGACUUUGUGUGGCAGUUAAAUCUAUUCGACCAGAAGUUAUGAUAGUUGGUGUAGAAUCUAAUCGUUGUCCUGGUUUUCAUGAAGCUAUGUUCGCUGGUAAACCAGUUUACACAGAAAAUCGUCAAUCAUCUGCAGAUGGCUUAGCUGUUUCUGUGGUUGGUGUGAAUUCCUUUGAAACAGCUCAUAAAUUAGUUGAUAAAGUGGUAACUAUUGAUGAAACAUAUAUCUAUCGUGCAGUUGUUCGUUUAUUAGAAUUUGAGAAAUCUGUUGUAGAAUGUUCUGGGGCUACUUCAUUAGCUUUAAUUAUGGCAAAUGUUUUGCCUGAAUUAAUCGGAAAAAAAGUUGUAUGCAUUCUAAGUGGAGGAAAUAUUGACAUCUCAUCACUAAGCCGUGUUAUUGACAAAGGAUUAGCACUUGAAGGUCGUCUCUGUCGAUUCAUAGUUGUUUUAAAUGAUCGACCUGAAAGUAUUUCAGAACUAUGUCUAAUUUUGAACGACAUCGGAGCUAACAUAAAAGACAUUAGUCACGAACGUAUUUGGUCAACAUCAGGUAUACUUCAAGUUCAAGUGAAAUGUACUUGUGAAAUACAGAAUGCUUCACGUAGAAUUGAUUUAGAGCAUGCAUUGAAAACAAAAUAUAAACAUGUUAUUUGGGCUGAGAAUGAUUUAAUGAUAACAUAUUAG